GGUCUAUGGGGGCUGGGGGGGUUGUGGAAGCCCUAUAGGCGUUAUGGGGUGUGUUUAUGAGGCACCGACCCGCAUCGACCCCCCCUCGGGGCUGCGCUGCCGCUGCCCCCCCGCGCCCCCCCCGGAGCCUCGCUCUGAUUGGACACCGCCCCCCCCCCCCGGCCCCCCCCAGCAAGGGGGGGCCCCAGGGCCCGAUCCAGCGCCUGCGGCUGCUCAACACCCUCACGGGGCAACAGGCCACAGUGCAGUCGGACAGUGUUCGCGGGCCCCUGCAGGGGGCGCUGUUGUGGAACGCGCACGCCGGCGGCUACGCGUGGCGGAGCGGGGGCGCCCCCUUGCGGCCGGAGGACCCGCUGCCGCCCGCCCCCCCCGCCGAGCCCGGGUCCCCCCCCCGGGUCCCCCCCCACGGCGCUGCUCUACUUCGCCGAUGA